AUGGCGACCUUUGGCAUGUUCAACCCGUUGCCAUCCUUUCUUCAAUAUGUGUUAUAUUCGCGUUCAAGACCAGGCAACGAGACGGUCUGUGCAAGUGCUGUUCGAAACAUUCCUUGGUUUGUUAUAGUGGUUUGCAAGACUUUUUUCGUUCCGUCUCUACGUCUAAAGUUCUUCGUUGAGGCCGCGAAACUGAACCCUCUACUGUCCGAUAAGGAACGGCGAAGAGUGAUCACAAUUCCCACCAACAACGAAUUGGAAGACCCCGAGAUCAUGCGUGAGGACAGCAUUGCUGCUACAAUGGGAGACCAGAUCAGCUGUGUCAUAUGCAAAGAGAUAUACGCAAGUGGAGAUAGAGAACCUGUGAUGCUACCUGAAUGUGGUCAUACAUUCUGCAGGCAAUGCCUUACUAGUCUCCCUGAAGUUAUUUGCCCGGUCUGCAAGAGACUCCACACCGGGAAAUCUGUUGAAGAUUUGCCAAUAAAUUUCGCUCAAUUAGGGAUAUCAGACUACCUGUCGAAUACAAGGGAGAGGGAAUACCUUGAAAAAUGUCCUGAGCAUGGCUUGCCACUCGACCUGUGGUGCACAGAUUCCGAGAGAGAGAUUUGCACAAGGUGCUAUUUCGAGGAAACAAAACGGUCACACAAGCAGUUUAUAAAUAUUGAACAAAAAAGGCAGAAGACAGUUAGUGUUAUAGAAGAGAGGUCGCUUAUUCUAAGCCAAGUCUACUUAGCCUUAAAGCAUUCCUUGACCAUGGAUAGGGAGAGUAGUUGCCAGAACAUGUACACAAAGAGACUGAAUGAUGUUCUAAGAGGUGGUAGGCCAUUUUUAGCAAAGCUAGAAAAGCUCAAAAUGCUGUUGUCUCCUGCUGACAACGAGCCAGCCAACUCUGCCGACAGUAGGGAGGGAGAAGGCCAAGGUAGGAAGACCACUUUUUGCGUUGCCUUGAACGCAGAUGGCCGGAAAGCAAAGCUGACUUGGGAACAAGGAAGCCUUAAUCUCUACGCUCUAUCUGAUGGAGAUAUCGACGCUCACAUCACGGUGAAGAUGACUGAUAUUUUACUGAUGAUCCCACAAGAAGACCCAACGGUGUUCCUGGACGUAGCCAACGCAAGGGGCAAACUGGGGCGCAUCUGCAUCAAGGUUUGGUCUCGCUUGCGCCGCGGCCAGCAGUUCCUAGCCUUGUGCCAGGGUCAUCUCGGCCCCACGCUCAGGGGUUCAACAUUUCUGGAUGCCGUGGCUGAAAGCGGAACUACAUGCCUUCGCGGAGGCCGUUAUCUGAGCGAAGACGGCCCCACUGCUAGGGCGCUGAUGGAUAACCUUGAGUGGGGCGGAAUCCAUCAACUACUGGGACGCAAAGGUUACAUUACGGGCUGGAGUUUCCAAGUAGUAGAGGAUGAAACUCUUUUUGGUAUAUUAUUGAAAGACUCUUUUAAUGAUUUUUGCUGCCCCUUUGGCGAGGUAGUUGAGGGCAUGUCAGUGGUAGAGAAAGUUGCCAAUUGCAGUGCGACAUCUGAGGUAACCAUUGUGGACGUGGGGAGAGUGAUUCCUGAGUUCGUCACUGAUGAAGAACUGUAACUGGAUUAAUGCUUUUAAGUCUAUUUAGGGGGAGGGAUAUAGAAGUGGCUUACCUGCAUCUUGUUUCGAUAUUUUUGCUUGUUUGUUUAGUUUUUAGUUUGUAAGGUUAGAUAUAAACAUUAAGUAUACAAACAAUAAGUAUAUCGUUAUACCGCACGCGCGCGCUCACACACACACACACACACACACACACACACACACACACACACACACACACACACACACACACACACACACUCUCUCUCUCUCACACACACACAUACACACACACACACACACACACACACACACACACACACACACACACAUUCAUACAUAUUUUUAUGAACGCCAUUUGCGCAUCGCGAUGUGCAGCAGUUUUUGGCGGGAAAAAGAGGCGCGAAAGGGGCCUCAUCAUGUGGAGUUCUGACUGACUGCUUUCCAUGCACGCGAAGAGUGUCACGUUUCUAGCCAGCUUCAUGCCAACUUCCACUUGAAAGACCGUGUUUUGUGAAUUAACUGUGGAAUAGAGGAAAAUAUAUUUCUCUCACCCGCGCCACGUUGUUCUAAUAACACACGCACACUGUCAUGCAUACCUACGCGAACAUACCUAAAUAUAUACAGACAUAUUCAUACAUAUAUACAGACACUCAUAUACGUGUUAUACGUAUUCAUACAUAUAUACAGACACUCAUAUACGUGUUAUACGUAUUCAUACAUUUAUACAGACACUCAUAU